AUGUCCGAUCGCGCCUCCUCGGCGUCAUUCCGGUUAGGGCCUCCUUCGCCAUCAUCUCCCGCCGCUGGGUCUCUAAAAGCGAACCACCCUUCUUAUACUUCAACCGAACACACCCCACAGACCCCGACAUCUCCUCCGUUGAUGUCGGUAAGCGCUCAGAACUAUGCCUCCAAUUUCGCAUCCUCGCAAACAUCACCUGGCCAGGCAACGUCACAACCUGCAAACCUCUCCUCGCCACCCUCUUCCGUGCCGAUGUCUACUCAAGCCUCACAGCAACCAACAGUAGGUACAACAAAUUCGUUCCCGACACCGGCUAGCAGUGUGAACGGUCACUUCACGGGGGCAACGCCUGUUGAUGAUAGCGAACAGACAGAGAAAUCAUUCGGGCCGGAAAUGGGGGCGACAUCCACAACAGAUAUGAAUGCGCCCAUGCAACAGACAGAAUAUAGACGGACAGACCAUGAUCGGCAGUCGGAAGGGCCAAGUGCGCAAACCGGAAUCCGCGAUUUUGGGAACACGGGCGGCCAGGAUAUGCUGAACCAUGGCGAUGCCAUGGAUAUUGACAAGGGAACGGCAGAUCUUUCUAACUAUGAAUCAAGUUUAGAAUCUCUGCAAAAGGAGUUUACGUCGGCCUUCCAUCUUUGCAAAAGCUCCCAUAUUGCGACUGGUCCGGACCCGUCGUAUGAUCUUGUUUCCUUGUACGGGCUUGGUCCGGUUGCGAAAUCGGUUGCAAGGAUGGAUCCGGUAACUGGGGAGAAAAUCAACAGACUAAGAAAGUCCUACGAAGGCAAACUGAAAGGCCUAGGCUUAGCUGGGAGAAACAAACCUGUGAAGCAUGAACCCGGUAUGGCCGGUGGGCUGAGACAAAUGACGAUGUGGCCGGAAGAAGAGUGGCAAAACCAGAAGGUGUUCGGGAAAGAGAUCAAGGUUGCUGAUAUGGAUUCAGCGUUGUAUAACCUUCAGAUGAGAGCCAUGAAAAUGGAGCCGGGCACAGUUACGAACAACGAUUAUUGGGAAGAUAUCCUUGGUCAUGAAAAGCAGUCGAAACAUGCUGGAAGUGGGGAUGGUAGCAAGAAGACUGCGACACCUUCCAAUGGCGCACGAGUGCCCAGUCAUGCGAAUGGAACACCCACUGCAACUGAGCCGGAGCGGGCUCGGCCCAGUCGGGGACGCAAAAGGCAUUACGAUGACAAUAGCUUUGUUGGCUACGGCGAAGGCUACGCAGACGACGAUGAUGAUGGCGCAUUUUAUUCCAAUAGCGAAGGAAUUAGCAAGAAGAAACGGAAGAAGGUAUAG